CUAUAAAAAAGAAAUUUACUUAGCAAUCCAGCGGAUAAACCAAAGAAUAAAAAUAUUAUAUUUCAUUGUCUUAUAGGAAAGAAGAAUCAACCCGCAUACCAAGUCUACCUAUUGUUCCUGCGAGAAAAAAAUGGCUAACGAGCUCGUUGGUGAUGUUUCUCAUGAUCUGUUUUCACUUCUCUCCGCAGAAGACAGAGACUUUCUGAUCCGUAACAACGGCGAUCAGGUUAAGAUCAGCAGCUUGGUUGGAAAGAUUGUGGGAUUAUAUUUCUCUGCCUCAUGGUGUGGACCAUGUCGACAUUUCACACCCAACUUGGUGGAAGUCUAUGAGAAGCUCUCAUCAAAAGGCGAUUUUGAAGUAGUUUUCAUUUCUUCUGAUAGGGAUGAUGAAUCUUUCAAUGGUUACUUCUCCAAAAUGCCUUGGCUUGCCGUUCCAUUUUCUGAUCAGGAAAUCCGAAAACGCCUUAAGGAGUUGUUUAAAGUGAGGGGGAUUCCUAGUCUUGUCAUUCUUGACACUGAUGGGAAGGUUUCUUGUGAUCAAGGGGUCAAGAUCGUCAGGGACUAUGGAGCUGAGGGGUAUCCAUUUACCCCUGAAAGACUUGACUAUUUUAGACAGGAAGAAGAGAAUGCUAAGAAGAAUCAGACCUUGAGCUCCAUCUUGGUUUCAAGCUCGCGCGAUUAUCUGAUUUCAAAGGAUGGAACGAAGGUUGCAGUGUCUGAGAUUGAAGGGAAAAUGGUAGGUUUGUACUUCUCAGUUGCUUCUCACCGGCGGUGCCUCGAAUUCACUCCCAAACUUGUGGAUGUAUAUAAAAAGCUCAAGGAGAAAGGAGAGAACUUUGAGGUGGUGCUGAUAUCUAUAGACUAUGAUGAGAAGGAAUUCAAGCAAAGUCUUGAAACAAUCCCUUGGUUAGCAAUACCAUUUGAGGACAAGUGCCGUGAGAAAUUAGCACGUUACUUUGAGCUCAGAGCCCUUCCUACUCUGGUCAUAAUUGGGCAAGAUGGAAAGACUUUGAACCCAAAUGUAGCUGAGCUUAUUGAAGAUCAUGGCAUUGAAGCCUACCCAUUUACACCAGAAAAGUUGGUUGAACUUGCUGAGAUUGAGAAGGCAAGACUUGAAGCACAGACACUAGAGUCUGUUUUGGUUCAUGGAGAUAAAGAUUUUGUGAUAGAAAAGAGCGGUUCCAAGGUUGCUGUAUCAGAACUAGUUGGAAAGAAUGUUCUCCUCUAUUUCUCAGCAAAAUGGUGCCCACCCUGUCGAGCCUUUUUACCCAAGCUAAUUGAAGCAUACCAUGAAAUCAAGGCGAAGGACAAUGCAUUUGAGGUAAUCUUCAUCUCAAGUGACCGCGAUCAAUCUUCGUUCGAUGAAUUCUAUUCAGAAAUGCCUUGGUUAGCUCUUCCAUUCGGUGAUGAAAGGAAAACAAUCCUGCAACGAAAAUUCAAAAUAAAAGGUAUUCCUGCAGCCAUAGCCAUCAGCCCCAAAGGGCAGACAAUAACUAAGGAAGCAAGAGAACACCUAGCAGCUUAUGGAGCAGAUGCAUAUCCAUUCACUGAGGAUCACCUGAAGCAACUAGAAGAAAAGCUGGAGGAAACAGCAAAGGCGUGGCCUGAGAAACUGAAACAUGAACUUCAUUCUCAGCACGAGCUUACUCGCACAAAACGCAGUGGAUAUGUGUGCAAUGGCUGUAGGGAGAUGGGAUACCUCUACUCUUUCUAUUGUAGGCAAUGCGACUUUGAUCUCCACCCCAAGUGUGCUUUAAAGAAAGAGGAAAAAGGCGAGGCUGAAAAGGGAAAGGAGGGAUGGACGUGCGAUGGAGAUGUGUGCCGAAAGGCCUGAGAAAUUAAGCAUAUAGAGAGUUGCUCUGGAUGCAUGCUGCUUGCCCUCAAUAAUUUCUCGUGUGUAUGUGAAACUUAUCCUUAAAACUGGUGUGUAUCUAUUAAACUUUCCAGUAUUUCUGUUCUGAAACUUUAUCCUAAUGUGAUUAAGAAAUAGAUUAUUAUUAUUAUUAUUAUUA